CCUCGCGGUCAUCCGCGAUCCGCGACAUGGCACGUCGCCGGUUGAUGCCACUAACCGGAGUGUUUGCUGUACUCCAUGGCUUUGGAGUACUCAGCUUUCUAUCUCCAUCCAGGUUGGAGUUGCGCGCUUUGCGGCGGCCGGAGGCCAGUCCCAGCAGUGCGCUGCUGCCGCUGAGCUGCGGACUCUCUUGGCCGGUUUGGGCGCAAGAGGAGAACGGUGAUCCCAUGGGCUUUGCACUCACCAUCUUGGGUGUUGUGGUGGUCCUUUUGGGCUUCGGCUUCGUCGGCUGGGUCUUCUCCUUAUCGCCCGCCACGGAUUCGGAAGGACGUGCCAAGGCCUCCUCCCUGGCGGGUUUGGAAGACAUCGAUGACAAGUUGGAGGCUAUGGAGAAGAUGACGCCGGAAGAGGCGGAUGAAUACCAGAUGCGACGUGGUGGCCUGAAGAGGGAGAAACCAGAGAAGCAAAAAGAGGAGUUCCAAUUCAUCGCCAUCCCUGGUGCGGACACCCUCUACACCGUGCUACAGGAGGGUACUGAAGGUGCCGCCACGGUGCAACCGGGCGAUGAAGUGACGGUGCAUGCCACUGGUUUGGUCACUCAGACGAAGACCAAGUUCUGGAGUACCAAGGAUGCUGGACAGCAGCCGUUCACCUACACCUGCGGGGGUGGAGUCAUUAAAGGAUGGGACAUGGGCGCCCGAGGUAUGACCAAGGGCGAGAUCCGAGGCUUACGCAUCCCCGCCUCAGAAGGUUAUGGUGGACGUGGCUUUCCAUCUUGGGGAAUCCCACCCAAUGCAGAUUUGCUCUUUGAGAUUGAGGUUCUCGAGAUCAAGCGUAAUGGACAGCCAGUGUAAGCUCUGGGUGCUCGUUUGCGCGGCGACUGGAGCUACUGGCCCUGGAGCAUGGCUUUGGUUCAAAAA